AUGAUCAUUCCGCUUUGGUUAUUCGUUCUGUUAUUUUGCGUCGGAAAUGAUACCUUUGCACUCCUCAGCUCCCCGCAGCUGGCUCCGAAAACCCGAAGACAUGCUCGCCAUGCUAGCGAUCAGUGCAACAACUUUCUUGAAAGUCCGUUUAGUUUCUGCUCUGUGGCAGGUUACAAUGAAACUUUUAAAUUCCCCGCUGUCUUAUCUGGGGUUAAACUUCAAAGAGCAGCCAAAGCAAUCGCCAAUAUCUUCAAAAAUGCGUGCUCGAACAGCGAUCAGUCAGGUCAGGUAUUGGCUAUGACAAUGAGGUGCUCAUUUUUUCUUCCACAGUGCUCCAACGGAGAACGUGUCUAUCCAUGCAAGCGAGUUUGCAACGAGUUUCUGAAGCGGUGUGAAAAAGGAAUACCUGAGUUUUGGUUUGCCUUUUUAGUAGCUUCCUGUCACGUUCUUCCAGAUGAGGCCUCGAGUAGCGGCAAGUGUCAUGAACCGCCUAACUUCUCUGUGGCAAAUGACAGUAAUAAAGGUGGGUAGAAAAUAUUCAUAAACCGCACUUAGUCUUAGCAGAAAUUUGGUACAUCUACCUUGUACACCACAGAGCUAUUUCGAUGUAAAAAAAACCUGAAGCUUUGGAUUAGAUUAAUCAACUUCCUGUUUUAAACUGUCGGCGUUUAAUGAUGCCGCGAAAUGUGUGAAAUAUUUAUCGGCACUGUCAUUACAUAGCCCGGCGUAUUGAAAGACCCUGCAACCGAGUAUCUAACAAUUAGUAGCAAACUAAAGCACUCCAUUAACUUUUCAUUUAGUGUUAUUCUUUUGAUCCUCUGCUUGUUGUAUUAUAUGAUGUGAACAUAAUUAAACUGGCUACUUAUAGCCAUGGGCUGGUCGAUUGUUGCUGUCGACUUCGUUUCGGUCCAAAACGCAACAAAAAGAAUUUGACCAAAAUUAGCCGAACAAGCUUGUCCAACUGAACGCAUAAAUAUUUCAUCCCUAAGUUCGGUGGGGAUUGAGACACCAAAACUUUAAAUUAGUUUUAUUAGUUGAGUUGCUAAAGCAAAUGCCACGGUACAGAGAGACCUAACAUGCGAAGAUCAAAGAGCCAAGACUGAAUACGGCAAACCUUUGGAUUUCUUGGCUCGAAUUCAAGCUAAAAAUUUGUAUCUUAAGAGUUGUUUUUCGCUGACCUCUGUGGGUGGGAUGGGUGAAAUGAAGAUUACUUCUGAGUUCAGAAUGAAAAGACAGGAAGUUUGUUUGUCUGAUGACUUAGACUUUGACAAUAAUAUAGUCAAACAUGCGAAACAUGGCAUCUUCGUAGGGGUUAUGUGAAAUGAACUGUGAGAGGGGCCAAAGUGUUUCUUCCUCCAAAUUAUACAUAGCACGUAGCAUUAACAGCAACAAAAAGGGCAGAUAAAUAACAAAACCAAGCGAAAACUUUGCACUGCCAGUUUUUUUUUAAUAAAAUAGUAUCCAUAUGAUACCAUUAAUCAGGCUGGGGGGAGGCGAUCGAGUCAAGUUUAAAAUUUCUUUUCUCCGCUAUGAAUCAUAAACCAGUAGGGAAUUAAGAAGUUGACUGGGUUUAUCCUAAUGCAACAAAGUUUAUUUUAUUUUCUUUACGCAAAGCAUAAAAUUCUCGCGUUACAGGUCAGUAACAAACUUCAUCCCGCCAAAACCCUAUCCAUUCUUAGAGUGCCCCCAAGCACUAAACAGAAAGUUCACAGAAGAGAUUACUGGCGGCAUAGCUUUGAGUCUUGGUGCGUUCUUCAAUUUUAAUUUAGCCAAUCCAAGCCAGAACGGAGUUCAAAACAUGUUUCUUACUUUAAAAAAUGCCGAAAGAAACAGUGAUAUACAUGGUGACGCUCUUUCCACAAUCCUCACCCCACCACUGACAGUAUAAUUAUAUAAAAUACUCUCGCAGGUCCUCUCUACCGGGGCUGCCAAGAACUGAUUAUUCCUGCGUGUAAGAAUCUUGGCGUGUCCAACCACACUCUUAUUUCUGUUGAACAACAAAAGAGGUUAUACAAGGCCGUAUACAAGAAAGAGUACAAGGCAGAAGACGUGGAGACCGAUUUUCCUCCAAUGCUACAAAAACAAUUUAAUAAGUAUCCAGGGUGUAAGGAGAACAUAAAGAAGCUUUAUUGUGGGGAUUUCUUACCGCCUUGUUUCCCGCAUCAAGGACCUGAAGAUCCCGGAAUAUACACCAUCUGCCAGUCUGUGUGUAAUGAGAUCACAGAAGUCUGCCCAGAUUUCUUCAGGUACUCGAAGUAAAAUAAAUAUACAUUAAUAAUAAUAAUAGAAAUAAUGAUAAUCAUGACCGACGAUAGAUUGAAUUGAAAACCUGAGGAUUAAGAUUAGAAUUGCAUUGUUACAGAAGACUACUACGCUUUUAGGAACCGCCAAGAUUUUGAGGAUGGUGCAUGUCUUGAUUUUCAAUCAAGUAUCGGUAGAGUGUCCCCAAGGGCCCUUGGUCAUUUGUCAUGACUCGCUCCCUUGGUGUUAACAGCCAGAACUCAGAGUUAAAUGGAUACCGUAUUUAUUCCAUUAACCGCCAUGGGUGCUUAUUAAAUUUUGGGACCUUGAGAAUGGGCGCGUAUUAGAGGUGGGCGCUAUUCAAGGCUGGGCGCUUAUUAAAUUUUCACCAUUUUCAGCAAGUGUAAUAUGUUUGUUUUGCAACAAAACAAUAAAUGUUAAUAACGAAACGCGAAGAUGUAACAAUGCAAGGUUUCUGUAAAAUACUCUGAAGAAAGCUUCAUCUUCGGGGAAGUCUCUUAUUAGUACUUAUUCAUUUUCUUGUUUUCGGGGUGGGAGAGGGAAGGGGGUAGGGUGGGGGUGGGGUGAGGGCUUAUUUGAGUUUGAGUGGAAAGGCUAGGGGGCGGGCGCUUAUUCGAGGCGUGCGCUAAUUCCAUGUUGGGCGCUUACAAACAAUCUUGAUUAGUUGCUCCUCCUUCGUCCCAGUAAGGGAAGCUGGAUUCCGGUUUUACGGAAAAUUUUUUUGUGGAAUCCAAAAUCCACGUUGCACUGACAAAGACUGAAACCCAGUACCCGGAAUCUGGAAUCCACGACGUGUUAUCCAGAAUCCAAGACUGUCUUGGAUUCACUUACAUGGGGCGGUCGUACUAAACAACAUAGCGUCUAAGGCAGUAAGACAUAAUAGGGCCAUUUAUACGAGAAAAAAUAAGACGCGUCUGGCAUAAGACGCGAACGCAUAAUACGCAUGCGUAAAUUUUUGGCGCGCCACGUUGGAUUGCCGUUGCUUCGGGCAACAUUCACAUGAAAACGAGUCAAGAACAGAAAUAAGACGCAAACCAUUUAUACGACCUGUUCUUGUCUUAGAUAAGACAUGCUCGUAUAAAUGGUACAGUUCGCGUCUUAUUUAAGACGCGUCGUAGGUAUAAAGACGCGUUUUAUUUUUCCUCCUAUAAAUGGCCCUAAUGUGUUAGCACCUAGCCUAACCUGACCGUCUGUUUGUGAUCUGAUUUGCAGGAACGAUUACUUCGAUGCAGAAUACUGCAGUUUUGCCGGCAAGGAAACCACCACUCAUGGUUAUUGUCGACGGACAGAGUGGCCAUCUCCAUUCUCCUGGGUUCGCUUUCUUCCUGGUUAGUGUAUUCUCUUUCCUGGGAGCGCACUGACGUAUUUUCUGUCAUCGGUUGACUCUCCACUCGGGCAGUGAGAACGACCGGAAAUACGUCUACGUUUGCAGGGUUUGCAGGGUAAUUAUUCUCUGACAGUAGGAAAUAAGGAACAAAUUAGGUACUGUAAAAUGCCGCUUAUACGUUUUGGGCUUUUAUUAUGUAGACAUGAGUGUUUUACUGGAAAAUAUACCACUCGUAAAAUUCAUAAAAACUACAUCCGGGACCCGAGUGGUUUAUUUUCGAUAAUCUCACACGUGAGUUUAUCGAUGACGUAAUUUUAAUUUGGUAAUUUCGCUCUAUUAUUUUAUUGAUGUCAUUUUGUCUAUAUAAUAAAAAGAACAUUACACGGCCGCUUGCAAAAACAAUAUUUUACUCACUCGCUGCGGUCGUUCGUAAAAUAUUGUUUUGCCACUCGAAAAUAAAAUUCAUGUCUUCGCGCCACCGUGUAAUAUCCUCUACAUACAUCUUUAAAAGGGGUUUUAGGAGGCCUUAUACCGUAUUUACCGCCCUCGAAUAAACGCCUCACCUAAAAAGAAUAAUGCGGCGUUUAAAACCUCGGUACAACUAAGUAAUUUACACCAUCCAGACAUCUAGGAUUCUAUCUCAGCAAAAUAAGGGAGACACUGGAACCUUUAAUUACAUAACGUUUAGAAACGAUUUACAAUAACUAUUGUCAGUGAUUUUAAAAAAGGUGAUUUCGAAAUAAACGCCGCCGUCGAAUAAACGCCGCAUUGCAAACGCUAAAAAUUUAAUAAACGCGGCGGCGUUUAAUGGAAUAAAUACGGUAAACCGAGGAGCUUGUAACCGGAAUAGAAAUUAAAAAAAACGCUUCGAGACAGGCUAUAGCACUGCUGAUCAAAAUACGUUCUGCUUUUACCGAUUUUUAAUUAAGCUUCAAAACUUCACAAUAAAUCGAAUUUAUUUCAAUACAAGUUAGAGAGGGGCUUCGCGCGCUGGAGGCUUAAGGACGAUACACACGAGGGAUUUUGCUCCCGGAGCAUGCUCUAGGGGCACGCUCCGGGAGCAAAGUUCCUCCGUGUGUACCAACGAUUUCAUGGUAUACUUCAUCUUCGGGAGCAGAAUUUCCACCCUGCAAAUGCUCCACGAUAUUUAACCGGUUAAAUAUUUGGGAGCAAGCACUCCCUCUUGUGUACUGACACGUGCAAAAUGAGCCCGGAGCAUGCUCGGGGAGCAAAACCCCUCGUGUGGAUCGGCCUUUACAAUCGGACGGCGUUUUGGGGGCAUAAAACUAACUGGGCAGCUCAAUUAAGCGGCAAACGGUGUAACUCUAUACCUGAAGAAUUCAGUUUUAUUCAAUAUCUCUUUUAGGAUUAGAAAACCGACCAACAAAGGAACCCUCUCCCACCAAAGGUCCAAAAUCCAAAGCAUGGAUCAUUGCAGUAGCAAUUUUGGUUCCUGUCAUCGUUGUGGGCCUCUUUGUGGUAGGAGCUAUCUGGUGGAAAUGGCGGAGCGUUGCAAAGCAAACAGGGUACCAAAAGCAAAACGAUGAUAUGGCUCCUCUGGAAGGGGCAAUGGAGCUUUGA